CAGGAGGAAAAAGGACUGGUCGGAAGGUCUGGUUUUUAUUAAGUUAGUUAUUUAGUUACUUACUGGAAAACAACAAAUGUCAAGCAAAAACACACGCAUGCCAAAAAUUUAGCUAUAUUCUGCAAACCGCUCUUUGAUUGCUGGUGCAGUAUACCCAAGACGCAAUGUUGAAGUUUAAGUAUGGGGGUCACAGCAGCGUCAAAGAUCUUGCCUGUCUGGAUCCAAUCACCAGCCGCUGCUCCCGCCUCAACCUCCUAUUACAGGGGAAGGGCGGAGUCUAUCCCCAGCAGGGUGGGGCUAUCGUGACGAGGGAGGGGCUUCUCGAGGCCCUGCUCCUACUCUUUCAGGAGUGUAGCUCUCCAGAGCUCAUGAAGAUCAAAUAUGUGGCCAAUUUUGUUAACAAGUUCUCAGAGGUGGUGUCAGAGCUGCGGGAGCUGCAGCCAGGUCCGCGGGAUUUUGAUCUGAGAGGUGUGGUGGGCCGUGGGCGUUUCGCUGAGGUGCAGGUGGUUAAGGAGAGAGCAACAGGGGACAUUUAUGCCAUGAAGAUCAUGAACAAGACCUGCCUGCGCUCCAUGGACAAUAUGGCGUCUUACGAGGAGGAGCGUGGGAUACUGUCUCUCAACAGCAGCCCCUGGAUCCCUCAGCUGCAGCAUGCCUUCCAGGACAAGGAUAACAUCUACCUGGUGAUGGAGUACAUGCCUGGUGGGGACCUGAUGGCUCUCAUGAACAGGUAUGAGGAACAUUUUGACGAGGCGAUGGCUCAGUUCUACUUGGCGGAGUUGGUGCAGGCCAUCCACACGGUGCAUCAGAUGGGAUACGUCCACAGAGAUGUCAAACCAGAGAACGUCCUGAUUGACCGAACCGGGCACAUCAAACUAGCGGAUUUUGGUUCGGCGGCCAAGCUCACGGCUAAUAAGACGGUUGUGGGUUCGAGGUUGCCUGUUGGGACGCAGGAUUUCUUGGCUCCUGAGGUGCUGGCAGCGUUGAACGGGGGUGGCCAGGCCUCGUACGGAGUUGAGUGCGACUGGUGGUCCUUGGGGAUAAUUGCCUACGAAAUGAUCUACAUGAAGUCCCCCUUCGCUGAAGGCACCUCCACCAAGACAAUCAACAAUAUCAUGAACUUCCAGCGCUUCUUGAAGUUUCCAAAUGAGCCUAAAGCAAGCAGGAACUUUGUGGACCUGGUUCAGGGUUUACUUUGUGGGGCACAGGACCGGCUCGGGUUCGAAGAUCUUCGCUGCCACCCCUUCUUCUCGGAAGUUGACUGGAGCAACCUGCGACAAGCGCUCCCUCCCUUCGUUCCCGCGCUCCGCGCCGAGGAUGACACGUCCAAUUUCGACGAGCCCGAGAAGCCCUCGCCCCGGCCGACGGCUGCCCCGCUCAGACCCCCGCGCUCGGGCUUCCAGGGCCAGGACCUGCCCUUUCUAGGCUGGUUCUUCAGCAGGGCUCUGGCAGCGCUGGCCAGGACUGAAUCAGUGUCUACAGGCCUCAACUCCCCAGCGAAGACCAACUCCCUGGAAAAAAAGCUUCUCGUCAAAAGCAAAGAACUACAGGAAACCCAAGACAAAUGUCACAAGAUGGAGCAGGAAAUCUCCCGAGUCCAGCGUAAGAUGUCUGACCUGGAGUCCGUGCUGCAGCAGAAGGAUGUGGAGCUGAAGGCGUCGGAGACCCAGCGGAGCAUCCUGGAGCAGGACCUGGCCACCUACAUCACCGAGUGCAGCAGCCUGAAGCGCAGUCUGGAGCAGGCGCGAAUGGAGGUGUCUCAGGAGGAUGACAAGGCGCUGCAGCUUCUGCACGACAUCCGUGAACAAAGCAACAAGCUUCAGGAGAUCAAAGAGCAGGAGUACCACGCCCAGCUGGAGGAGAUGAGGGUGACCAUCCGGCAGCUGGAGGAGGACCUGUCGGCCGCCCGUCGCCGUAGCGACCUGUACGAGUCGGAGCUGAAGGAGUCGAGGCAGAUGAGCGAGGAGCUGAAGAGGAAGGCGGUGGACUACCAGCAGAGGAUGCAGAAGGCCAAGGAGCAGGGCAAAGCUGAGGUGGAGGAGCUGCUCUCUAAACUGGAGAAGACCAAUGCAGAACAACAAGUGAAAAUCCAGGACCUCCAAGAAAAACUAUCCAAGGCGGUGAAGGCCAGCUCGGAGGCCACCGAGCUCCUGCAGAACAUCCGGCAGGCCAAGGAGCGGCUGGAGCGCGAGGUGGAGCGGCUGCAGAACAAGGAGGACUCCAGCGACGGCCUGCGCCGCCGGCUCCGCGAGUCCGAGGAUGGCAGGAAGACUCUGGAGAACCAGGUGAAGAGGCUGGAAAUGGUGGAACGGCGGGAGAACAAGCUGAAGGACGACAUCCAGACCAAAUCCCAGCAGAUACAGCAGAUGGCGGAUAAGAUCCUGGAGCUGGAGGACAGCCUGCGGGAGGCCCAGUCCACCGCCCAGCGCAUGGAGACCCAUCUGGUGCAGAAGGAGAGGAUGUAUGAGGAUAAGAUCAAGGUUCUGGAGGCCCAGAUGAAGGCCGACCUUUCCGAAAAAGAAGCGCUGGAGUCCAAGCGGGCCAAGCACGAGGAGGAAGCUCGCGAGAAGUGCAAGCUGGUCAGCGAGCAGACGGCGACCAUCAACGCCAUGGACUCGAAGAUGAAAAGCUUGGAGCAGAGGAUCGCUGAGCUUUCUGAGGCCAACAAGCUGGCAGCCAACAGCAGCAUCUACACCCAGAAGAACAUGAAGGCCCAGGAGGAGAUGAUCUCGGAGCUGAGGCAGCAGAAGUUCUACCUGGAGUCCCAGGCGGGGAAGCUGGAGGCCCAGAACGCCAAGCUGGAGGAGCACCUGGAGAAGAUGAGCCAGCAGGACCAGAGCAACAAGAGCCGCGUGCUGGAGCUGGAGACCAGGCUGAGAGAGAUGGGCCUGGAGCACGAGGAGCAGAAGCUGGAGAUCAAGCGGCAGGUGACGGAGCUGACGCUGUCGCUGCAGGAGCGCGAGUCGCAGAUCGGCGGGCUGCAGGUGGCGCGCAGCGCGCUGGAGAGCCAGCUGCAGCAGGCCAAGACCGAGCUGGAGGAGACCACCGCCGAGGCCGAGGAGGAGAUCACCGCGCUGCGGGCUCACCGCGACGAGAUCCAGCGCAAGUUCGACGCCCUCAGAGACAGCUGUGCGGUGAUCACUGACCUGGAGGAGCAGCUGACCCAGCUGACCCAGGAGAACGCCGAGCUGAACCGGCAGAACUUCUACCUGUCCAAGCAGCUGGACGAGGCCUCGGACGAGAGCGAGGACCGGCUGCAGCUGCGGCAGGACGUGGACCGGCUGCGCAGGGAGGUGGCCGACCGCGAGAUGCACCUCAACAACCAGAAGCAGAACAUUGAGACCCUGAAGACCACCUGCACCAUGCUGGAGGAGCAGGUGCUGGAGCUGGAGACACUGAAUGACGAGCUGCUGGAGAAGGAGCGGCAGUGGGAGGCCUGGAGGGGCACCCUGGAGGACGAGAAGGGCCAGGCCGAGAAGAGGACCCGCGACAUGCAGAGACUGCUGGACAAUGAGAAGCAGAACCGGCUACGCGCGGACCAGCGCAGUACCGAGUCCCGCCAGGCGGUGGAGCUAGCCGUGAAGGAGCACAAGGCGGAGAUCAUGGCCCUGCAGCAGGCCCUGAAGGAGCAGAAGCUGAAGGCCGAGAGCCUGUCUGACACGCUGAAUGACCUGGAGAAGAAGCACGCCAUGCUGGAGAUGAACGCCCGCAGCCUGCAGCAGAAGCUGGAGUCGGAGCGCGAGCUGAAGCAGAGGCUGCUGGACGAGCAAGGCAAGCUGCAGCAGCAGAUGGACCUGCAGAAGACGCACAUCUUCCGCCUGACGCAGGGCCUGCAGGACGCCCUGGACCAGACCGACCUGCUGAAGACCGAGCGCACCGAUCUGGAGUACCAGCUGGAGAACAUCCAGGCCGUGUACUCACAUGAGAAAGUAAAGAUGGAGGGCACCAUAUCCCAGCAGACCAAGCUCAUCGACUUUCUCCAGGCCAAGAUGGACCAGCCCUCCAAGAAGAAGAAGGGCAUAUUCGGGCGGCGGCGGGAGGACCUGCUGAGCGCGGCCCAGGCCCAGGCCCAGCCCCAGGUGCCCAUGCAGUACAACGACAUGAAGGCGGCGCUGGACAAGGAGCGGGCGCGCUGCUCCGAGCUGGAGGAGGCGCUGCAGAAGAUGCGCAUCGAGCUGCGCUCCCUGCGGGAGGAGGCGACCCACUUCAAGGCCGUGGAGCACGGCGCUCCCGCCACCCCGGCCACCGCUCGCCAGCAGAUCAUCAUGUCGGCCAUCGUCAAGUCCCCCGAGCACCAGCCCAAUCCCAGCAGCCUCCUGGCCCCGUCCAACUCCGCCCGCAGGAAGGAAAACGCCACCCCUGAAGAGUACGGGCGGCGCGUGAAGGAGAGGAUGCACCACAACAUCCCGCACCGCUUCACCGUGGGCCUCAACAUGCGGGCCAGCAAGUGCGCCGUGUGCCUGGACACCGUGCACUUCGGCCGGCAGGCAGCCACCUGCCUAGAAUGUCGAGCUUUGUGCCAUCCAAAAUGCUCCCCCUGCCUUCCAGCCACGUGCGGCCUGCCCGCCGAGCUCGCCUUGCACUUCUCCGAGGCGCUGUGCCGCGACAAGGCCAACUCGCCUGGCCUGCAGGUCAAAGAGGCCAGCGGACACGUGCGCCUGGAGGGCUGGAUGAAGCAGCCCAGGAAUGGGAAGCGAGGGCAGGGCUGGGAGAGGAAGUACGUGGUGCUGGACGGGACCAAGGUGUCCAUCUACGAGACAGAGCCCCGAGAAGACUCGGUGAAGCCGCAGGAGGAGUUUGAGCUGUGUUUGCCUGACGGGGAAGUGACUGUGCACGGGGCCGUCGGGGCAUCUGAGCUGACCAACACUGCCAAGUCGGACAUCCCCUUCGUGCUGAAGCUGGAGUCGCACCCCCACACCACCUGUUGGCCGGGCCAGUCCAUGUACUUCAUGGCCCCCAGCUUCCCGGACAAGCAGCGCUGGGUGGCCGUGCUGGAGUCGGUGGUGGCCGGAGGGCGGGGCUCGCGGGAGAAGGCGGAAGCCGACGCUAAACUGCUGGGAAACUCUCUGCUGAAGCUGGAGGGGGAUGACCGUCUAGACAUCAACUGCACCCUGCCCCUCACUGAUCAGAUAGUGAUGGUGGGCUCAGAGGAGGGUCUGUACGCCCUGAACGUCAUCAAGAACUCCCUGACCCACAUCCCCGGCCUCGGCUCCGUAUUUCAGAUCCACAUCCUGAAGGACCACGACAAGCUCCUCAUGAUCAUGGGGGCAGAAAGAGCACUGUGUCUGAUCGAGAUCAAGAAGGUGAAGCAGUCUCUGUCCCAGUCUCACCUCCCUGCCCAGCCGGAGAUCUCCCCCUUCAUCUUUGAAGCGGUCAAAGGCUGCCACCUCUUUGCUGCAGGCCGGAUUGAGAACGGACAGUGUAUCUGCGCCGCAAUGCCCAACAAGAUCAUCAUCCUUCGCUACAAUGACAACCUCAACAAGUUUUGCAUAAGGAAGGAGAUCGAGACCCUGGAGCCCUGCAGCUGCAUCCACUUCACCACCUACAGCAUCAUCAUCGGAACCAACAAGUUCUACGAGAUUGAGAUGAAGCAGUAUGUGCUGGAAGAGUUUCUGGACAAAAAUGACGGUUCGCUGGCCUCCGCUGUCUUCGCCGCGUCCUCCCACAGCUUUCCCAUCUCCAUCAUGCAGAUCAACAGCACCCCACAGAAAGAGGAGUAUCUGCUCUGUUUCCAUGAGUUUGGAGUCUUUGUGGAUGCAUACGGCCGGAGGAGCCGGAAUGAAGACAUUAAAUGGAGCCGCCUACCCCUUUCUUUUGCCUUCAGAGAACCGUACCUGUUUGUGACCUACUUUAACUCCUUGGAUGUCAUUGAAGUACAGGGACACUCUGCUCUGGGCUCUCCAGCCCAAGCUCACCUGGACAUUCCCAACCCCCGCUACCUGGGCCCUGCCAUCUCCUCUGGAGCCAUUUACCUGGCCUCCUCCUACCAGAACAAGCUGCGGGUGAUCUGCUGCAAGGGCAACCUGGUGCGCGAGUCCGGGGAGCUGCAGAGGACCGGGUCCAGCCGCAGCAGCCCCAACAAGAGAGGCCCCCCCUCCUACAACGAGCACAUCUCCAAGCGCCUGGCCUCGGGCCCCGGGACCCAGGAGGGGGGCCUGCACCGCGAGCCCAGCACCCCGCACCGCUACCGCGAGGGGCGCACCGAGUUCCGGCGGGACAAGUCCCCGGCCCGCCCCCUGGACCGGGAGAAGUCCCCGGGCCGGAUCCUGGACAGCCGCAGGGAGAGGUCCCCCGGCAGGAUGUUUGACGAGAGGCCCCGCCUCCACACCGGCUCCGUCCGCACCCCCCUCACGCCCGUCAACAAGGUGUGGGAUCAGUCGUCCGUCUGAGUGUCUCCGCCAGCCGUCGAUGUGCUAGAGACAGGAGGAACCUGCUCCUCAGGGUCAGCUUCGCGGUCCGUGGAGCUCCUGGUGACACCACCGAGGAAAGGCCAAGCGAGGCACCGUCCGCAGUCUCGUCCUGCUUCUUACCGGAUCUUCUUGCCAGCCACACACCCCUGCAUUUGGGGACCCCCAGCUCCUUUCUCCUUCGUGCGUGUGUCCAAUACGUUUGCAGCUGAGAACACGUUUUUAACACACAUCCCUACUAACGCUCUUCUUGCCUGCAGUACAAUAAAAAAAUAAUCUUUUUAGCACUACUUGAUCUUCAAUAUUGUACAUAGGGUUAACUCCAGUUUUUAUAGAGUAUAAAGGGAAUAACAGGCUGGUAAAGCCAAGUCUAUUUUUAUUAACAGAGUUUCUAAUGUGCCGACUGAGCGUUGCAGCAUUUCCUAUUCAGAAUAAUGAAAUCAGUACGAGCCGAGCGACGUUUUGCAGGAUCACAUUUUAUUCACCUCGGCAGUGAAGCGCAGCACGUAAGCGAGGGGCAGUUUUUCAGGAAAUGAACUUUUUUUAUUUUCUUUCCUUUGGUGGAGUCCUGGUCCAGUCGACUAAUUGACUUCAUUUCAUAAAAUUUCACUUUGCCAGCGAGUGUACAGCUUACCAACUUUCUGUAAGCAAUAGAGAAAUCAUACAUUUUGCUCCAAGCUUUGUGUUGUGUAAAUAAUAAGGUUUAUUUGCGUGAGGAGGGAGUUUAGAGGUAAUUACCCAAGCGUAAGCCUUUAAAACAGUCAGCAGGAAGUCAGCUGAAACUCACCAUUACUUUCAGCUCACCAUGAAGUCUGUGUACGAUACAGAUAUCUUGCUCUUUAUACUGUGCAGUGAACAAUGUCUGACGACCCUCAGGGUGUGUUUCAGUAUUACAGCUUCCUUUUAUUGUGAGAUUUCAGUGCUGAAGUGCCACAGUUAGAAUUUUUUUUUUUUCUUUCAAAAAUAACCAUAAACUUGUGACCAAAAACACUUGUAAAGUCGCACUAUGAAGCAUGUGUAAUUUCAAACACUAAAUUUCAAACCUUUCAUUUCCUACUUUUUUGUGUUUGACCUUUUCUUGUGUGUUCACUUAAAUUGUGCAUUAACUAUAUUGUCAGGAAAAAUUGCUAACAAGAUCAUUUGCUUUUGAUAUUUUUCAUGUAAAAGUACAUUAAACAUGACUGAAUAAUCCUCA